GCCCCCCCAUCACCCUCCGAUCUCCCUUUCCCUUACUCCUUCAGUGACCCUUAAACUUCAUUUCAGAUGGAAACAUUGGAUAAACUAGGUUCAGUCUACAUCAGUUGCAUAAAUAUACACCCAAGAUGAAGUGCUGCUAACUAUAGUGUGUUAUAUUGUACCUGUUUUAUAGAGCUAUGAACAUAAAUAUCUAAAUAGAAAACUCACACAACAAGACAUAAGUAAUGGUGAAAUUUUGGUUGGGAAUUCUGUAGUUUUUCUAAUAGAUCAAACUUCGAACUGAAAUCCAAAAAUUGAAACCAGAAAAGACUAAAUAGCCUGAUAUUUUACCCAGUCGAACUGCCAGGAAUUCGGUCUCCCCUUUUUAUCCUUAACAAAGAAUAAAAAACAAUUUUCUUGCACAAAAUUGUAUCUGAAAGUUUUAUAUUUUUAUAUUCCUUGAGUGUUCAAACCGGUGUCAUGGAAGCACUGCCCAUUCAUUAAUGUGAAAUAAAAUCAAUGUAUGUUUGUCUUUAACAAACAUGAAUCAAGUUUAUAGUCAAUAUUAUUUAGCCAAGAUUGAAGGGAAACUUUCUGUGCUGUCAUUUUUGUAUGAUCACUUUGGAGGUGAACCGUAGAAAUGAUAAACUUUUUUUUUAUAGUAUAAUGACUCAACAAUACUUUUUAUUUUCUUCUCCCUUUUUUUUACUUCAUCUUUAAUUGUUUGCUAUCUUCUGUUCUGCAAAAAACACUGCUUUCCUUGUCAGCACAGUCAAUGCCAUCGUGCUAGCAUCACCAUCAUGGGAGAAAGAAAAAAAAACAGCGUCACAGUGAUGCAAGCACACUGCUGUGGCCUUUAGGUCAGGGACACAGUGACAGUGGAACUGUGUUGGUUGUGGGGGCGGAAUACCUACAAGCUCUGCCACCUCAUUCACAUCCGAAUAAUAACCCGAUCUUGUGUUGACGCUCAAUAUGCGAAAGCCGCCGUCACAUCGCUGCGUUGUUCCUGUCUCUCUCUCACGCACAUGCUGUACUGUAAGGUACCGCCUGCCUCCAGACCUGAGAGCUCACACACCUGUUCUCUCUCUAGCUCCUCUCUCUAGCUUCACUCUCCCUUUCUCGUACACACAUUCACAUGCUCCCAGACUCAUUUAUCUGCCACUUGUUGACUCUUCAUUUCGUUUGAUCUGGUGUAUUGGAUAACGCUCGGCCUUUUCGCUACAGUGAAAAACCUCCUUGAACCAAACCUUUUUGAGGAGUGAAGAUCUGCAUGAAACAAGAGCUCUCCAAAGCUCAAGCACCCUCCAAUGUGUCCAUGAGUCCUUGAAUGAUUGAGCCACCUUCCUGUCUGAAACAGCAAGAGAUAAUGGAGGAUUCCACAGAGGUGUGGACUGAUGGCAACUCCCUUCUAAAGGCAGUUUAUCUCUGCCGUUUGCGGCUAACACGUCUGCUCCUGGAAGGUGGGGCUUAUAUUAAUGAGAGCAAUGAACGUGGAGAAACACCACUGAUGAUUGCCUGCAAAACUCAUCAUACUGAUGCUCAGAGUGUGCCCAAACACAAAAUUGUCAGGUAUCUGCUAGAGAAUGGUGCCGACCCAAAUAUCCAGGACAAAUUGGGUAAGACUGCUCUAAUGCAUGCCUGUGUGGAGCGAGCUGGGGAGGAGGUUUUGACCCAGCUGCUGUCCAGUGGAUCUGACCUGAGUUUAGAGGACCACUCUGGUUCCUCUGCAUUAGUGUAUGCUGUUAAUGCUGGUGAUAAGGAAGCUCUGCGAGUGUUACUAGAUGCCUAUAAGGCCAAAGGCAAGGAGGUCAUUAUUAUUACCACAGAUAAACUCCCCUCUGGCAGAAAAAUGACCAAACAGUAUCUCAAUGUCCCUCCACCACCAGAUUUGGAAGACCGGUUGCACUGUGUUCCUACUGUUUGCAUGUCACCCUCAGAAAUUAAACUCUCACCUUCUCAUGUCUCCUCCUAUUCAAACCUGUCACCAAAUGCCCAUUUACACCUGGCAGAAAACCAAGCAAAGGGUUCUACUUCUGCAAGCCCUGCUAAUUCAAGGGCAGGAUCACCUACACAGGCGACAAGUCCAUUGAAAGCAGCUGGCGUAGCCAAGCUUCUUCAUCUUCAAAGGCUGCAUUCAGAGCCAUGGCUAAAGAUCCCACCAUCCCUGUUGCUCCAGCAAAGCAAGGCCUCAUCAUUCACAGAGGAGCUCCUAGACAUCACCCCUGAAGAAGAGCUCUCUUUUGGCUUUAACAGCCAUCGUCGUUUGUCUCAAAGAGCACCACCAGUUGCACGUCAUCAAAGCAUAGAUGCCACCGGUCUGUUCAAAGUCUUGGACAAACCAACUGAAGCAGAGAAAGAUCAAAAAAAGGAGGAAAAGUGGCUAAGCGGGAAAAUGUCCAAUGAUGGUGCUUCACUGCCACAUUCUGCCUCACACCAGAACCUGCUUAAAGAAGCCUUAGGUAGCGAGAUCCUUCCUAUGGAUAAAGACCCAGACUGCCUGCCUAACCUGGCUGUGUCCAGCCUGCAGGAUGUAGUGCGUCGCCGCAACAUUGGGAUGGAUCACUACAGCUCAGACUCCCAGCUACCUCAGUUUGGGAGUCCACACUCAGAUGAGCAUAACAAAGCUGGCACUGUGGGAGGAGGGGGAGCAGAAAAGCGUAAGCUAGUUUACAGCCGAUCCUCCACCCUGUCUGGCUCAAGGGAGUCUUUGGAAAGCAUAGUUCAAAGGAGAAGCCCAGCAAUGAUGGAACGUAGAGGAUCUGGGGCUCUUCUGUUGGAUCAUAUCGCACAGACAAGGCCAGGCUACCUGCCACCACUAAACCCACAUGUGCCCAUUCCAGAUAUCAAAGUUAACAUCACCAGCACUGGCCUUGAUCGGGGACACAAACCUGCUCCGUCCACUGCAGCUGGAAUUGUAACCAUACCUGUUGCUCCUGGACAAAAGCAUUUUGUGCCCUGUGCUCCUAGCCUUCCACGAGACCAGAAGACCAAAAAGACUCUCCUGAGAAGACAUUCCAUGCAAACAGAGCAGAUUAAGCGCCUAGCCAAUUUUGGGGAGAUUUUUGGACAAUAAAGUGCAUUAAUAUACAUUUGUACAUUGAUGAAUCAGUCAAUG